GCAUAUCAUCACUGAAGAACAAAGAAGAACACUCUAGGACAGAACCUUGAGAACGCCUACAAGAAGCGAUCUUGUAAGCGUUCCUCACAAACAUCAAACAGGUUGUAAUGUCCAAUACGGCCCCGCCCUUCGUCAUUGGGCGGUUUCAGGUGCGUUGGCGAUUCCCGGCCUCGAGGGGGUAUCUGGAGAACGGCAGGCGCCUGGAAAGUACGCAUGCGUACUGCUCCCAGGGUCUGCGGUAGAAACUGCUCUCGCGCCCGGUUACGCACACGGCGUUUACCGUGCGCACAGCGCUCACGCACGCGCACUGGGGUGUCCACCGGGUAUCGCGCUGUCCCGUUAUUCCAGUUUCUCUGGGAGCAGCCGAGUUGACCCCGCGGUCGAAGAUGUCCAAGCUGCCCGCAGACAGCAGUGUCCCGCAGACAGGCGCGACGAAUGGUGACAGAGACGUCCCGCAGGCAGAGGUAGGCCGCGGGAGGCGGGAGCCGGCCCCGGCGCAGCCUGAGGAGGCCGGGGAAGGCGCGAUGGCGGCGGCCAGGGGAGGCCCGGUGCCGGCGGCCAGGGAAGGCCGGAUGCCGGCGGCCAGGGGAGCCCCGACGGCGGCGGCCAGGGGAGCCCCGGUUGCAGCGGCGGUGGUGGCCAGGGCAGCCGCGGCGGGUAGGGAAAGCCCAGCGGCGGCGGCGGCCAGAGAAGCCAGGAUGGCGGAGGUCGCCCGCUUGCUGGGGGAGCCGGUGGACGAAGAGGGUCCCGAGGUUAGGCCCAGGUCCAGGCACGCGAAUGGAGGCCUGGCUGCGUUGCCCUAUCUCCGCCUCCGCCACCCACUUAGCGUUUUAGGAAUCAAUUACCAGCAGUUUCUCCGCCACUAUCUGGAAAAUUAUCCGAUUGCUCCCGGCAGAAUACAGGAGCUUGAAGAACGCCGCAGGCGAUUCGUGGAAGCCUGCAGAGCAAGGGAAGCAGCGUUUGAUGCCGAAUAUCAGCGAAAUCCUCACAGGGUGGACCUCGAUAUUUUAACCUUUACGAUAGCUCUGACUGCAUCUGAAGUUAUCAACCCUCUGAUAGAAGAACUUGGUUGUGAUAAGUUUAUCAAUAGAGAAUAGUUACGUGGUGACACUACAAGAGAACCUCUGCAUUCCAGUCAUACCAAUCCUGCAACUUGAUUUUCAGAAGUCAGAGUAUAUCGAGAUAAGGCAGUGCACAGGUGGAGGUGGAGGGGAAAAAGACAGAGGGAAGCUUAUCAUGAAAAAGCAUUACAGAAGAAAUUGAAAAAAAUGUCGAAAGUACCAUAACUGUAACGUUCGUUGAGUUUGUGAUUGAUCCACAUUUUUCCCCCUGCGUUAUGGAAAAUGUCUCUCAACAUUGCUUUAUUACAAAGUAAAGGAUGAUUUUAUAAAAUUGAGACUUGAUGAGAAAUCACCAAUACUUAAGCCCAUGAGGAUGAAAGAAAUUAUCAAAUAGUGCUGAACAGAAUAAGGCGUUAACGCCGAGUUAUUAGGACUGGAAGGCUGUGAAAAGAUCUUGAAAUUGUCAGAAUAUGUGCCCUCCUCAUGUCAUAUUCAAUAGAAGUAUCUAGUGUAAGAUUGAUUUUGUGUUUUCUUAGACUUUUCAAGUGACAAGCAAAGUAAAUGUUGUACAUCUUAUGUGAUAAAUCAUGUUUUCAAGAACAUCAAAUUUCUGGACUUUUUUCUUUCACUCAAUUUUUAAUUUUAAAAGUGUUUUCAGUAUAAAAAAAUCCAUUUACAAGCCAAAAAAUAUAUAAAAUAUACAGUGAAAAGCCUUCCAUUCUUGUCUUCCUCCAUCCAGUCCCCACCGUGACCUCUAAUGAUAGCCACAGUUUCCCUUCUAUCCUUCUGGGUUCCCUAUUUGUACACAGGCACCUAUAAGUCUGGGUUUACUUGUUUUUACUUCUUCACAGAAGUCAACUUACAAUACUUACUGCUUUAUACAUUGCUUUCUCAUUAAGAACAUAUCUUGACGACCCUACCAAACCACUGUAUUUCCUCAUUAUUUUUUAAAGUGGCAUUUUAUUGCAUUCUGAAAUUAUGUUGAAAUUUACUUAACCAGGGAUAUAUUGAUGGACAUUUAGGUUGUUUCCCAUAUAUUUCUUUGGAGAGAAAAAAAAAUUGCUGGAGUAGUUCAUCUUGUACACAUAUCAUGUGGCAGGUGUACAAAUAUAGUAUUGCUUCAAUUCAAAAUGCACUUUUCAUAUUUUAACAUAGCUGAAAUAUGGGUGCAUCUUACAUUUGAUGCUGUAAUACAGCAUUUUUUUCCUUAGGUUUUCAUGAAACUAAUGAUGUGUCUUAUAAUCAUUAGCUACCUACAUUUCUUUUAACGUGUAAUAUCUGUGGCUGAUUCCCUAGAAGUGAGAAUUCUGGACCAAAGGAACUCCUUUAAAAUUGUAUGGAUAUUGCUAUGCAGCACUAUGUGUUCUGCUUUGCACUCCCACCGGCAAUUGAUGAUCAAGGAUAUUUCAUGACAGCCUAGCCAACACACUAAACUAACAGUCAUCCAGCUUUUAUGAAUCUGAUAGUUGAAAAAACAGUAUAUGAGUUUUAAUUUGAUUUUAUUAUGAGUGAAGUUAAAUAUCUUUUUUUUUUAAUGGAGUUUUUCUCUUGUUGUCUAGGCUGAAGUGCAGUAGUGCGAUCUCUGCUCACUGCAAUCUCCACCUCCCAGGCUCAAUCUCAGCCUCUUGAGAGCUGGGAUUACAGGCAUGUACCACCACGCCUGGCUAAUUUUUGUAUUUUUAGCAGAGAUGGGGUUUCACCAUGCUGGCCAAACUGGUUUUGAACUCCUGACCUCAGGCAAUCCACCCACCUCGGCCUCCCAAAGUGCUGGAAUUAUAAGUGUGAGCCAUUGCACUCAGCCAGUUAAAUAUCUUUUAAAGAGUUAUAUAUAUAUACACACACACACAGACACACACACACACACAUAUUCCCUUUUCCAUAAAGUCUCUGUUCAUAUUCUUUUUUUUUUCUUUUCUUUUCUUUUUGAGACAAAGUCUUGCUCUUGUCGCCCAGGCUGAAGUGCAGUGGUACCGUCUCAGCUCACUGCAACAUCCACUUCCCAGAUUCAAGCGAUUCUCCUGCCUCAGCCUCCUAAAUAGGUGGGAUUACAGGUGUGUGCCACCUCGUCUGGCUCAUUUUUGUAUUUUUAGUAGAGAUAGGGUUUCACCAUGUUGGCCAGGCUGGUCUCGAUCUCCUGAUCUCAGAUGAUCCUCCUGCCUCAGCUUCCCAAAGUUCUGGGAUUAUAAACUUGAGCCACUGUGCCUAGUUCAUAUUCUUUAUCCAGUUUCCUGACAGAUAAUUUUGUCCUUUCUACGUUGAAUCCAGUAGCUAUUUAUGAUACUCGUGUUAGUGAUACGAGGUAUAAUAACAGCUUGGGAUAUGAGUUAUGAAUAUUUUUUCACAAUUUGUCAUUAGGAUUUGGCUUUUUGGAAAGGCUUUUGGCCAUGGUGAUUUUUGCUGCCUAUAUUCCUUUAAAUUUGCAGUAGGCCCGGCACAGUGACUCACACCGGUAAUCCCAGCACUCUGGGAGGCUGAGGCAGGCAGACCAUUUAAGCUCGGGAGUUCAAGACCAGUCCGGGCAACAUGACAAAACUCUGUCUCUUUGAAAAAUAUGAAAAAUUAGCCUGGCGUAGUGGCACACGCCUGUAAUCCCAUCUACUCUGGGAGCUGAGGUGGAAGGAUCACUUGAGCCCAGUAGGCUGAGGCUGCAGUAAAGCCAAGAUCACACCACUGCAUCCAGCAUGGAUAACAAAGUGAGAUCCUGUCUCAAAAGUAAAAAAUAAACCUGCAGUAUUUUGAAUCCCAAGGUUGUAGUGUAUGUGUUGUGUGUGUGUUUUCAUUGUUCAUGUUCGAAUCUUUCAACGAUUUGAAAUUUAUUCUCAGGUGCAGUAUAAGGAUCUAAUUUAUUUUUUAGAUGGUUGUCUGAUGGCCCUAACCUCAUUUACUAAGUAGUCCAUCUUUUCUCCACUAACUGUUUUUUGUUUUUGUUUUUCAGACAGAGCCUUGCUCUGUCAACCAGGCUGGAGUACAGUGGCAGGAUCUCAGCUCACUGCAACCUCCUCCUCCCGGGUUCAAGCAAUCUCCUGCCUCAGCCUUCUAAGUAGCUGGGAUUACAGGCCCAUGCCACCACACCCGGCUAAUUUUUUGUAUUUUUGUAGAGACAGUGUUUCACUAUGUUGUCCAGGUUGGUCUCGAACUCCUGACCUCAGUUGAUCCACCUGCCUCAGCUUCCCAAAGUACUAGGUACCAUGCCUGGCUCCACUAAUUGUUUUAAGAUGUCCUUUCAUAUAAAAACUGUGUUUUAGAUUUUCUAAUUAGUUCUAAAUCUGGUAAUGCUAAAGCCUUUCAGUAUACUUUUUCAUAGUGCUUCUGGGUAUUUUGUUCAUUAUGUAACUACAGCAACCUCAAAGUCAGCUUACCUUAUUUUAAAACAAAGCAUUUUUAUUAGAAUCAUAUUACACUUCAUUAACUCAUGGGUAAUUGCUAUCUUUUAGAUAAUGAGUCUUCUUCUUAUCUAAAUGAUCAGGGUUUUUUUUUUGUUGUUGUUGUUGUUUUUGAGACAGUCUCACUCUGUCACCCAGUGUGGAGUGCAGUGGCAUAAUCUUGGUUCACUGCAACCUCCACCUCCUGGGUCCAAGCAAUUUUCAUGCCUCAGCCUCCUGAAUAGCUGGGACUACAGUUGCCCACCACCACGCCUGGUGAAUUUUUGUAAUUUUAGUAGAGAUGGGUUUUUGCCAUGUUGGCCAGGCUGGUCUUGAACUCCUGGCCUCAUAUGAUCAGCUACCUAGGCCUCCCAAAGUGCUGGAAUUACAGCUAUGAGCCACCAUGCCUAGCAGUUUUUCCAUUUUUUAAAAGACUUCCUUUGUAUUCUUCAGGAGAGCAUUAAUAUUUGUCCUUAAUGUUUCAUAGGUCUAGUCAUUUAUUUCUAGACACUUGAUCUUUCAUGUUUUUUCUGUAGUACAUGAAGAUAUUUCUAUUAUAGAAGCUUGCCUGUGUAUUUGAAAAUAAUUGAUGUCUGCAUAUUUAUUUGAUAGCCUCCUUUAAUAUACUGAAUUGUCUUACUAUUUAUAGUAGUUUUUCAAAUGAUUCUCUUGUUGAGGAAUUAGUCAUUUGCAAAUAAUGAUGGUUUUGGUUUUGCCUCUUUCACUUUUUUUUUUUUCCCCUUAGGGAUAGGGUCAUGAUCUCCUGUGCUUAAGCUGCCUUGGUCUCCUAAAGUUCUGAGAUUAGAGGCAUGAGCCUAGCCGGGCGGGGUGGUGUGCGCCUGUAGUCCCAGCUACUUGGGAGGCUGAGGCAGGAGAAUCGCUUGAACCCGGGAGGCGGAGGUUGCAGUGAGCCAAAAUUGUGGCACUGCUCUCCAGCCUGAGUGACAGAGUGAGACCCUAUCUCAAAAAAUUAAAAAAUAACAAAAGAUAAAACAAAUAAAAAAUAACAAAAUUAAAAAAAAAGAGGCAUUAACCACCAUGCCUGGCCCCUUUUACAAUUUUUAAUACCUCUGGCUUCUUUCUCUUUAUUAGUUUUUUGGCUAAUACCUUCUAUCUAAUUUAAAACAGUGCUGGAAGAUAGUGAAGCAUCCUUGUCUUGUUCCUGAUUUCAUGGAAAUCUUUUUUUUUUCCCCCUUUCAACAGUGUCUCACUCUGUUGCCCAGGCUGGAGUGCAGUGGCGCAGUCUUGGCUCACUGCAACCUCUGCCUCCAAGGCUCAAGCGAUUCUCCUAUCUCAGCCUACUGAGUAGCUGGGACUACAGGCACACACCACCAUGCCUGGCUAAUUUUUAAUCUGUUUUUGUAGAGAUGGGGUUUUGCCAUGUUGCCCAGCUGGUCUCAAACUCUUGAGCUCAAGUGAUCCUCCCACCUUGGUUUCUCAAAGUGCUGCGAUUACAGAUGGGAGCCACCGCACCAGACCAAUUUCACAGAAAUGUUUACAUAGCUAUCUAUUGCUGUGUGUGUAUGUCUGUGUGUGUUUUAUCAAGAAUGGUUGUUGAAUUUUGUCAAAGACCUUUUCAGAAUCUGUGAAGGUAAUCCUAGGAUUGUUUCAAAUCUACCACCAUUUAGAGUUACUAAUAAUACACGAUCUUUGCAUUCUUCAAAUUAAUUAAUUAUAUAUAUACACACACAUUUUUUUUUUUUUUUGAGAGAGAGAGAGAGUCUCACUCUGCCACCCAGGCUGGAGUGUAGUGGCAUAUUAGCUCACUGCAACCUUCGCCUGCUGGAUUCAAGCAGUUCUCUGCCUUAGCCUCCUUAGUAGCUGGGAUUACAGGCAUCCACCACCAUGCCCAGCCAGUUUUGUAUUUUCGGUAGAGAUGAGGUUUCACUGUAUUGGCCAGGCUGGUCUUGAACUCCGGACCUCAGGCGAUCCACCCACCUUGGCCUCUCAAAGUGCUGGGAUUACAGGCAUGAGCGACCGCGCCUGGCCAGAAAUGAUAUUUUAGUGUGCUACUGGAUCUGUGCUUUUUUGUUAAAGGACAUUCAUGUUCAUAAGUGAAGCUGCUGUGUCAUUUUCUUGUACAGCAUUUCUCUCUCUUAAAUAGUGAUGUUAUUACAUCAUAUAAAUAAUUUGGAAAUUUCCUUAGUUCUGGAACACUUUAAAAAUCCAUUGGAAUUAUCUAAGGUUUGGUAGAAUUUCUCUUGGGGACCAUCUAGGCUGGUGUCUGGGGUGGUGGCAAGGAGCAGUAGCUCUUUCACCACUUUGUGCAUUUUUUUCCCCAUGGUACGAGCAAUAGAUUUUUAGGUUCUUUGAAGACAAACCAAUCCUCACUGAGUUAGAAUAUAGCAUUUUUCCUUUCUUUUUUUUUUUUAGACAGAAUUUCGCUCUUGUUACCCAGGCUGGAGUGCAAUGGCACGAUUUCAGCUCACUGCAACCUCCGCCUCCUGGGUUCAGGCCAUUCUCCUGCCUCAGCCUCCUGAGUAGCUGGGAUUACAGGCACUCACCACCAUGCCCAGCAAACUUUUUGUAUUUUAGUAGAGAUGGGGUUUCACCUUGUUGACCAGGAUGGUCUCGAUCUCUUGACCUCGUGAUCCACCCACCUCAGCCUCCCAAAGUGCAGGGAUUACAGGCGUGAGCCACCGCGCCCGGCUUUCCUGACUUUCUUGAUUGCAUGCCUUUCUACUUAACGAUCACAGAGGGGGUUGUUGAGCUUGUAGAAGUGUUAGAUGAUAAAACUCUCCAAAAUAAUCUUCGCGAAGCUUGGUUUUAGCCUUACCAUCUCCUUCUCUGAUAUGAUGAGUAUAUCAAAGCCAAAACACUCUUCCUGGAUUCCUGAAAUCAGCCUGGGGCUUCUAUUUAUUGGGUUGCCAUGAGAGGCUUUUUCUGAGGGUUCUUACAGUAUUUGGCCAGAGACAGAAAUCUUGGGUUCCUUCCCUUGAUGGAAGCUGAACUCAGGUCUAGAGAAAAAGUGGUUGUUGCCCAAACAGUAAGAAUGAUACUUGGACUUCCACAGUUCUAAACAGCUUAGUUAAGUAUUUUGUCACUUAAUGUUUCCAGGAAAGAGCCUGGAGGCUCAUAGGAUUGAUAGUGUUUACAAGUCCAUCUGACUCAGAUCAUGAACUCUUCCCACUAAAGGGCACUGGCCUAACAGGGUUGGACUCUCAAGAGGCAGAGGAGGAGGAUUCGGGAAGAGGGUGAAGAGCAUCACUUCUGGUAUCAGACUGUAUUUGUUCAAGUUCUGGCUUCGACCACCUGUGGGACCCUGCAUAUAUUACUCAACACUCUAUUCUCUUCAAUUUACCCCAAACUCCUCCUGCAACCUCCACCUCACAGGUUCAACCGAUCGUCCUACCUCAGCCUCCUGAACAGCUGGGACUAUAGGCGUGUGGCAUCAUGCCCAGAUAAUUUUUGUAUGGGGCUUCGCCCUGUUGGCCAGGCUGGUCUCAAACUCCUGACCUCAAGGGAUCCGCUAGCCUCAGCUUCCCAAAUUGCUGGGAUUACAGGUGUGAGCCACCACACCCAACCAUUCUACAUCCUUCUAAGUGGUGAAAUCUUACAGAGGUUAAACAUGCAAAGUUUUGGGAGUUGUGAGGGGCAGCAUAUAAGAAUCUGUAGUUCCUGGACCAACACACAUUCUUAGAAUAGCUAAAUACACAUUCCAAAUGAAUUUGAAUUAAAUACACAUUGAAACUGAAUUCCGGCCGGGUGAGGUGGCUCACGCCUGUAAUCCCAGCACUUUGGGAGGCUGAGGUGGGUGGAUUGCUUGAGGUCAGGAGUUCAAGACCAGCUUGGCCACAUGGUGAAACCCCGUCUCUUAAAAAAAAAAAAAACUGAAUUCCAUUUCUUUAUACAAACCUAAACAUAUGACCUCAUAUCUGAGAUCCAGACUCAUCUGCUUCUGGAGAAAUGCCCACCUGCAGAUGCUGAAUGUGGGAAACCUUCCAAUAAAUGGGCAUUGGACACCCAGCUCUGAAGCGAACAUGACUAGGAUGGUGGGUCCUCAGGCGCUCAGAAGACGGGCGGCUACAGAAGUAAUGGCACUCAGGACCGCUAGGGGACGGUUGAGGAGCGCGCACCCUGCUUACGCAUGCGCACACACUCGUAGCGUUUACGCGCACACCGAGAUUCGCGCAUGCGCACGUACCGCAUACAGCAGCGAGGUGCCGUUACUCCCAUCUCCGUAGAAACGCUCAGACUAUGGCGGAGCCGACUGGGCUGUCGGAGAUGUCCGAGCUCCCCGGAGACAGCAGCGUCCCACAGGAAUUAACCAGCAGCUGUUGUUCCGCGAGUAUCUGGAUGGUAGCUCCAUGAUCCCGGUCAGAUUACUACGGGAUUUCGAGGAACGCCGCAGGCUGUUCGUGGAAGGCUGCAAGGCGAGGGAAGCUGCCUUUGACGCGGAUCCUCCGCAGAUGGACUUCGCGGCUGUCGCCUUUGCUGUAGCGCUGACUGCCUCCGAGACCCUCAGUCCUCUGGCCGACUGAGUCGGCUGUGAUGACGAGAUUGGUGGCAAGGAAUAGCUAAGUGACUGUUUUCGGAUCAAAAGAACAGGCUGUGCCAGUUUAAGCUGAGUCAGUUAAACUCAGCUUAACUGACUUAACUCAGUCAUUAGGGGGAAUGCAAGCUGGAAGGGAAUAUGGCAAUGUGCAAUUGAAGGAGAAAGCACACUGCGAAAUGGAAACAGACAAGACUGUUGAAUAUUGUUUUCCUUCUUCUUUUUUAAUAUUAUUUAAAUAGAGAUGGGAGUCUCGCGAUGUUCCCUAGUCUGGUCCCGAACUCUUGGACCCAAGCGAUCCUCCCGCUUCGGCCUCCCAAAGUGCUGGGAUUACUUUAUAGGCGUGAGCCACCGCGCCUGGCCGAAUCUUGUUUUCAAAGAGGUCCCAAGACACUUCUGACUUAGCACAUUGUUAGCAAUGCUUUUUCCUGCAUUUGUGGAGAAUCCUUCAAGAUUGUUUCACCAUAAAGGAUGGUUUUGCAAAGAUCUAAGAAAAAAAUGCUAGUAAUAGAACUCAUAAAAGUGAGCCAAAGUAAUUAAAGAAAACAAAUAACAGUUGUCAGGAAUCCAGGUGUAUCUGAGUUACUAGGAUUGGAAGGCUAUUGAGAGGACUUUGAAAUUUCACAAUUUGUGGUCAUGUCAUGUCAACAAAUCCUAGUGUAAGAUUCUUGUUUGUAUUUUCUGAGGUACUUUAGAUGAAUAGCAAAUAUUCAGUAGGAAAAGCCACGUAUUUAUUAUAUGAUCAUUGUUUUGAAGUCUGUGUGCAAUUUAAUAGCUGUGGGAAUAAGCUUGUUUUUUGUUAAUUUUAAGCUUAUUUUAUUCUACAAUAUGUAUUCUAUUCACAAGACUCAACCAAAAAAAAGUAUCAAAAGAUGCUGUGAGGAAUCUCUUAUUGCUGUCCUCUGUCAAACUCAAAACUAUUCCAUACAAGUGUCAUUGCUUGUGGCUUGGGAUUUUGUUGUUUUCUUGGUUUUGCUUUUUUGCUGUAUGUCUUUCAACAGUUUUCUAAUGCAUAUGCAAAUAAACAUCAAUCUAAAUAUA